AAAACACUCAAAAUCCGUGAACGCUCUAGUCCUCCCCUCUUCCUUCCCACUCCCUCCGGAGAAGCCGUCAACACGCAAACCCUCCCUUCGAACUCCGGCGAUCACCGGCGGCCACACCACAGUCCCCCUGCCGCCGCUGCCGGCGGUCUUGGUCCGGCGGCCAUGGACGACUUCGUCCUCGUCGACGACUUCGGCCCGUUCAAGCCGCCGGCCGCCUCCGCCUCCACCACCUCCUUCUCCGCCUCCCACUACGACGACAUGUUCGACUCCUACUUCAACCGCUCGGCGGAGCCCGCCGAGCCGUCCCCCUCGUCCUCCGCGCCGUCGCCGCCUCCGCCCGUGUUCGACAAGCCGGUGUUCGACGACGCCGACGCCGACGCCGCCGAUCCCUUCGACGCGAUUCCCUUGUUCGGAGAUGGGGGCGAUGGCGGCGAAGGGGAGGACUUCCUCGAUAGCCUCGGGAAGGGCGCGAAGAAGCCAGAUGUGAGCGAGCCGGAGGUGGUGGGGUUUGACGACGAUUUAAUCCCAGCUCUUGGGAACACCAAAUCGAAGACGCCCGUGGGUGAGGAAGAGGUGGAGCAGGAGGCGGAAGCGGUGGGGUUCGUCGACGACGUAAUCCCCGAGUGGUUCGGUGGGAGCGCGAGCACGACGCCGAUGAAGCCGACACCGCAGGCGGAGCCCAAGGCGACGGGGUUUGAAGACGAUGUGAUUCCCGGGUUUGGUGAAAGCACAAGCCAUCACGAUUCACCAUGGGAGGAGCCUAGAACUAGACCGGAAAACGAAUCAAUUUCAUCCAGCAAAACGAGUGUGAGCAUGCCAGGAGAUGCUUUUGUUACUCUAGGUGCUACAUCCAACUUGGGAAAUUCAAAUUUUGGAUUGUUUACUGAUCAUUUGGAUAACAUGGGCAAGUCAGAGAGCAAAAAUAUGGACCCCUGUUCUACUGCCAAUGGGAUGUUAGAUAGUUCUAAUAUUUUUGUUGGGGUUCCAAAACCAAUGUCCUCGUCUUCAUUUGCAUCUGAGAAAGAGAGUGUUUUUGGUGAUAGUAAAUCCUUGGAUGGCAUUUACAGCAUGAACCAUUCCAUUAAAAUGCCUAAGGAGAAACCAGUCCAGCAAGCUUCAGCUGAAACAAUUAGCAGUAUAUUGCCUGAGAUGCAUAUCCAUGAAGCUCCUGGAACCACUGGUUUCAAUAAUUCAGAUCCACUUUCUACAAGUAUGCAGGACCAGUUGCCAGAGGAGAAUCAAUGUUCCAAAAUGUCCGACGACGUGUGGUUGACUGUUUCAGAUGUUGUUUUAGUGACACAGCCUACGAGUGCUCCACCUCCUUCACGGCCUCCCCCUACGCUUGCCGCCAAGAAAGGACCAACGGAAUCCAACACUAGUAAUGCAUAUCCACAUGAUCAUAAUCAAGGUUACAAUCCUUUUAUAAGUUCAACAAAUACUUCUAAAACACCCAAAAUUGAUGAAUUAGAAGAUUUUGUCAUGGCAAAGCCUUCUAGCUUGGCUAAUGGUUGUCUGCAAGAUCUAAAUCAUAAUGGAAUUGGGAUUGGACAAGAUUCAUCUACAUCUGCUGCAGGUUUCAUGGAUUGGGCUGAGCUAAAACACUCUAAAGGGGUGAACCAAGGGAACUUUGAUUCUUUGUUCGCUAGCAGUCAGUACCAAGAAAAAGAGAAAGCAGUGCUCUAUGCUUCUGGAAUGGAAAGCAGAGAUGAGGAAGAACUAUUAGAGCAUGAGAAAAAACAAAGAGAAAAGGAAGAGGAACAGAGAAAACUAGAAAGGGACAGGGAGGAAGAGCUUGAGAGGGAAAGAGAAAUGAUGAGAAGAAGGGAACAUGAGGAGCGGAAGAGGCGUGAAAAAGAGAGAGAGGCGAGGCACAUUGUGGAGAAGGCCAUGCGAGAGGCACGUGAAAGGGCAGCUGCUGAGGCACGCAUGCAAGCUGAGAGGGAGGCUCGUCAAAGAGCAGAGCGAGCUGCUGUACAGAAAGCAGCAGCAGAAGCACGAGAGAGAGCAGCAGCAGAAGCACGGGAGAGAGCUGCAAAGGCGGCUGCAGAAGCGAAGGAAAGGGUGGCUGAGGAGGCUAGGGAAAGGGCUGCUAAAGCUGCUGCAGAAGCCAGGGAACGGGCAGCUACAGAAGCUAGGGAAAAGGCAGCAGCAGAAGCUCGGGCUAAAGCUGAGCGAGCUGCUGUUGAUAAAGUUGCAGCAGAAGCACGAAGAAGGGCUGAAAGAGCAGCAGUUGAGAGGGCUGCUGCAGAAGCUCGACAAAGGGCUGCUAAUGAAGCUAGAAAAAGGGCUGAAGCUGAAGCUCGAGCAAGAGAAAGUCAGCAGAAAACAGCUCAACCUGAUCUCGACUCAUUCUUUGGUAUGCCUUCUAGAUCAAGCAGUGUACCGAGAUCACAGACUGCAACAACGAAUCCUUUUGAUGUCCAACCUCAAGGUGGUUCAGAUUUUGGUUCUAUAAGGAGGACUUCUUCUGGUUCAGCUUCUCCCUUUGCACAACCUCCAUCUACUAAUCUUAUGGAUGACCUCUCUUCUAUAUUUGGAGCACCUUCAUCAUCUGCUGUGUUUCAAGAAGUGGAUGGAGAGAGUGAAGAGAGAAGGAAGGCAAGAUUGGAGCGUCACCAGAGGACAAUGGAGCGUGCGGCAAAAGCUCUUGCUGAGAAAAAUGAGCGUGAUUUGCAAGUUCAGUGGGAGCAGGAAGAGAGACAUAGAAUUGGUGAAACACUUGAUUUUGAGAUAAAGAGGUGGGCCGCUGGGAAAGAAGGCAAUUUGCGAGCCUUGUUGUCAACGUUGCAAUAUGUUCUUUGGCCUGAAUGUGGGUGGCGACCUGUAUCAUUGACUGAUUUGAUUACAGCCGCAUCUGUCAAGAAAGAAUACAGGAAAGCAACAUUAUGCAUCCAUCCUGAUAAGGUGCAGCAAAAGGGUGCAAAUCUUCAACAGAAAUACAUUGCAGAAAAGGUGUUCGACCUUCUGAAGGAAGCAUGGAACAAAUUCAACUCGGAAGAACUCUUCUAACACUUAAUCGUUUGUCAAUCCCUGAGCCACUGAGGUACUAGGAAGGAAACAAAUGACAUACUGGUAAAGCUUUUAUUGUUUUCUAUCAUUAUAAUAGCUCUUUUUCUUUUUUGCUUAUUCUUUGGUCUGAUUCUUUGGAUUCAUUCUCAUGUAACCAUAGUUUGCUUCCUGGAACUUGUGUGUUGUAUGUAUCUGCCAAUUUUGGUACCCAUGGCUGUGUAAGUAGAUUUAUAGAGAAACAACCCUGUAAAUCCGGUGAUGUUAAACAUUCCAUUUUGGGAGAGUAGUAUAUAUUUUUAGAGAAAAUUUAUGGUCUUUGAGAAAGUAUCAGGAGGUACUAAAAUAUUACACUAAAACUUUGUAUGUUCUAUGGGUGAUGUAGUACUUGGUAAAUCUGUAUCAAAUUUGCUGUCAGGAGAGCAGUCCAGCCAUAAUUAAUCCUGGAACAGAGUUUUGCA